AUGUGGCCCCUGGCCUGGCUGGGCAUCAUCACCGUGUGUCUGGGGACAACUCUGGCUGUCCCAGCUGUGAAGGACACGGGGAAGGCAGAGAAGCCAAAAGCUGACUUUGCAGCCUAUGGAAACCUGGACCUGGACAACUACGACCUGAUGUUGGACAACUAUGGGGUGGUCCUGGACCUGAGCAGCUAUGAGGAGCUCUACAACUACGGUGACCUUGCUCCCAAGAUCGAGGUUGGCACCCUGGUUCCUCACCCCAAGGACCUCAUGGAUCUCCCAGUUGUGGGUGACAGGACUGAAACCCGAAAGCUGCAGCCUGGGACCACCUCCAACCCCAUCCACCCGGCACCCAUCCCCACACAGGCCCAUCCCAGCUGCCUGCUCUGCCUCUGCAUUGGCACUUCUGUCUACUGUGAUGAUGCCAACCUGGAGCGGAUCCCUCCCCUGCCACCCGACACCACCCACCUCUAUGCCCGCUUCAACCACAUCGGUGCCAUCCGGGCUGGGGACUUCAUGGGGCUGAAGAAGCUGAAGAGAAUCGACCUGAGCAGCAAUUCCAUCUCCCGGGUGGACUCGGAUGCUUUCCGCCUGCUCCCCAGCCUGCAGGAGCUGAUCCUGCCCCAGAACCAGCUGAGAGCUCUGCCCGACCUGCCCCACACCAUCACCCACCUGGAUGCCCGACUCAACAGGAUCCCCAGCACCGGGCUCCAGCCCCAAGCUUUCCGGAACCUGAAGCACCUGCAGUUUCUCCAUCUGUCUGAUAACCAGCUGGAUCACAUACCAACACCCCUGCCCCAGAGCCUGCGCUCCCUGCACCUCCAGAACAACAACAUCCAGACCAUGCCUGAGGACACAUUCUGCAGCAGCCAAGCCCCCACUCAGAUCCGCAGGGAGCUGGAGGACAUCCGCCUGGAUGGGAACCCCAUCAACCUCAGCCUCUUCCCCAGUGCCUAUUUCUGCCUCCCCCGCCUGCCCACGGGACACUUCUUCUGA